GUCAGCACAGAAACUAUGUGGCAGUGUGACCGACCGUCUGAAAUGUUCUGACAAAAUAAACACAAAUUAGCUAAUUUAAUAAAAUUAAGUAAAAAUGGAGGAAAACGAAUCCCCAGCAGAGUCUAGGGUCUCCGCGGAGGCGGAAAAUGGUGACGAUGACGCCACAAACCAGCAUAAAUUAAUUCAGCAGACUGAGAUGCGUAAAAUGCAGAACGAGUUCAAUACGCAGCGGGCCAAGAUGCGGGAGCUGUACAUGCAGAAGGAGGCCGAAUAUGCCCAGAGCAUGGCCGAGCGCAAGAAGCUGCAAGAGGAGUUGGACGAGCUCAAGACUCACCUGAUGGUGGCGGACCUAAAGUCCGAGAACGAGAUGCAGCUGAGGGACAUCAAGGCACAGGAGGAGAUAUCGUCGCUGCAGCAGCUAGUGCAGGACACAAUCGAAGAGUCGUCCAACUACAAGAGUGAGCUGGAGCACAUUAAACUGGAGCUGAGCAAGUACCAACAGCAACAGCAGCAGCAGCAGCAGGUGCAAGUGCAGGUCCAACAUCCCCCGGCUGAGUCAUCUGGUGGCUUGGCCCCGCAAAUGCUGAAUCAGGUUAAGAAGACGCUGGGGUCUGUGAGGAAGCUGGGCAGCGACUCGCUAAAUAGCAGCUUUCAGCAAGAGGAUGAGAGUCUUCGGGGUCCGCAAAGCAAGGGAAACGGGAAACAAUAUGCUUCAGAAGAUGCGGAAAUGUUGCAUUCCAUCGUGGAGCAGCUGCAGGAGGAGAUGAAGGCCUUGAAGGAGAAGUUGCGGGAGCAGGAUGAACAACUGCAGUCCAAGUCAAACGCAAAGGUGGCCACGGUCAGCGACACGUGUGGCAUGCACAAGUCCACGUCCAUGGAUGUGGCAGAGUCAAGCUGCGAGUGCUGUAGUGUGGCAGAGAAGACAAUUGUGGACUUGAACGCACACAUUAAAAAGCAGCAGAAGCAGGUGGAUCUGCUGCAGAAGCAACUGGUGGAGGCCCGUGAGACGUUGGGCAAGGAGGCGGCUCUACGCAAGGAUCUGGAGGAUCAGUGGCAGGAGAAGCGCGAGGCGCACAAGAGUGAAGUACAAAACUUGCGAGACAAGACCGCGGCCAGCGAGCAGCAGCUGCUGGACAUGCAACAAAAGUUUCUGGACACCAAGGACUCGGUGAUGAGGCAGCUGCAGCGCAUCACCGACGAUCGGGAGCGUGUCAACAAGCAACUGGAGACUCUGCAGGCCGACAACGACUUUCUGUCCGGUCGCUACCUAGCCACCUCCGAAGAGAUCGAGAACCAGUACAUAAAUCUGCCCAACACGGUCGUCGAGCUGCAGGAGCUCAUGCUGCGCCAGCAGAGCGAACUGAUUCAGGCCCGCGUCAGCAGCGAGUACGAGAAGCAGCGCUGUGUGAGCACCUUGGACGAGAUUCAAAUCCUACGCGCUCAGCUGGAGGAGAGCAACAACGAGCGAAGGUCCUACAAGCGCCAAACGCAAUUAGACAUCAAAUCACUGCAGGAUCGUUUGACGGAACAUUUGCUGACGGUGCAAUCGUACGAGACGACCAAAACCCAACUGGAGCGCAAAGAGGCUGAGCUUAAUAAGCAAUUGUCCGAGAGUCGGGUGGAGAUCAUUGAGCUGCAGGAAGCUAAUGAAAAACAUGCCAAAACCAAUGCGGACUACAAAACAAAGAUAAAGACUCUGCAGGAGGAGCUGUCCACCAUGGAGACGGUGCAAAAAGAUUUUGUGAAACUAUCUCAAACCCUUCAAAUUUCGUUGGAGGAGCUGCGGCAUGCCGAUACGGAGGUGCGCUGGCAGGAUGACGAUGACGUGAACAACUGCCCCACAUGCAGCGCAUGCUUUACGGUGAUGGUGCGCAAGAUCCACUGCCGGCAUUGCGGCCACAUAUACUGCGAUAAAUGUCUAACGAAAACGGUGCCAUCGGGACCACGGAAACGGGUCGCCCGUGUCUGUGAUAUAUGUCACACAUUGCUCACGCCAAACACCGCUCCCUACUUUAGUCAGGAACAACCGCCGCAGCAGCAUCAGCACCAGAGCCAGAGUCAGCAGCAGCAGCAGCAGCAGCAACAGUCCAACUAGGCGACCGUGGGAAGGCGUGGCACAAAGCCUUUAUAUUUAUUGUGUAUUAUUUACGAGUGUGUGUGAACUAUGAUUACUAUUUAAUUGGUACAUAUAUACUUCUGGACCGUGUUGCUCUUUGUUUGUGCUCCGAUAUUAUGAUUACCAUUACCAUUACGUUUACGAUUAUAGGUCCAACCUUUCCAAGGCAUAUCCGCUUUCUGUUUUUAGUCUAUUCGCCGAUGCCAGAUAGAUGUAAUCCUUUUGUGCUCUAAAUUAGCUUUUGUCGUGGAUAAGUUUUUCAUUAUUGAAUUGAACUCAAAGCAAAUAUA